UGCACUUACAGAACAACACAUUAGUUCCAGACAUUGUACAACGUUUUCACCAUGCGACAAUUCCUUUGGUUCAUGUGCAUAGUAUAUUUAGUAUAUACGUCAAUCAGAGAUGUUUACGGCGAAAACUGUAACACAGUAAACGACUGCACCGUUACGGCGUGUUCCAGUGGCGGAACGUUAAUGUGCACACAUGAGGGGAAGUGCACGUGCGGAGUCCAGUGCAGGAACGGAACUAGUUACACUCACGCAUGCGGUAAUGACCCAAAAAUUCCGGACAGCGCCGAAUGCCAAAUAUGGUACGAGUUCGAAGCCGACCAUUCGUGCGAGUGCCAGGACGGCCAUUUGCAUUGCAUUGAUAGUCUUUGUCACUGUGGAUUUCCUCCUAAUUAAUGAGAGAUCCACUUGUUUUCAGGAUCCGUUACAAAUUAACCAGAUACGAAUAAAGGUUUCGUCAUGA